AACGGGUGGACCAUAAACACCAUGAUAAACACUAAAGAGAACAGAAGCAGAAGGUGAAAGUGAUGACAGUUCGAGCAACCAUAUGGUUUUAUAGCUACAAUUCUUGCCCUUAGACUGCAGGGCACAGUGUCAUUGUCUGAGCGAACUUCGUGGAGCUAGCUAUGUAUAAGUCAUAGGUCCAGCAGAAGGUUACGAAGGAAGCCCACCGGUGUACGUCACAGGUGAUAUUUACGAGGAAGUAAAAAGAAACAUAUCUAUCAAACGGGGUCGUGCCACUGGAAAACGCAUAUGUUCGUGCACCUGUUUCGCCCUGUUUGCCUGCCACAUCGCACGGAACAAGCAGUGUUCGCCUUUAACGGAUACAUUGCUAUGGUGAAUCGCUAGUCACACUCAACAUGCCGACCGACGUGCCUUCCACUGACGACGCCUGGGUAGUUAGACUGUUGGUGAAUGUCCUCGGUUAUUGCAUCGUCAUCCUACCAGGCGCUGCAGUUAUAUGUUACGUCAAGCGAACAAAAUAUCUCGAAAGCAAAGGCACAAAUGGAUUUCUUCUUCGUGUACUGCGUCUUUGCAUUCUCGGAAAUGAGUCCGAAAAGCCCAGCCUUGAGCUUGGUGGCUCCUCGGAACCCCCAUCACAUCGAACACCGCAAAGGACUUUCGUCAACGAGAUGUUUGUCCUUGGCUACUGCUUCCUGGGUCUGCAGGUAUCCUAUCUAACAUGGGGCGUUCUGCAAGAGAAGAUAAUGACGCAGAAGUACUACGGGGUCAUCUCAACAGAAGGCGAACAUUUCAAGGACUCCCAGUUCCUAGUCUUCGUGAAUAGGGUGCUGGCAUUUCUGCUAUCGGGAGCGUACAUCCUUAUAGUUUCCCAGCCACGCCACCUGGUACCCUUCUACAAGUAUUCUUACUGCUCCUUCUCAAACAUUAUGAGCAGUUGGUGUCAGUACGAAGCGCUCAAGUUUGUCAGCUUUCCAACGCAGGUAUUAGCCAAAGCAUCAAAAAUAAUCCCAGUAAUGCUCAUGGGCAAGGUGGUGUCGCGCAAGUCUUACGACUGCUACGAGUACGCCGUCGCCGCCACCAUCUCUCUCGGCAUGGUCCUCUUCCUCCUCUCACGGGAAUCCAGCGACGCACACACUGCAACCUCGACCACGUUCUCGGGCAUCAUCAUCCUCGCAGGCUACAUGGUGCUCGACAGUUUCACCUCCAACUGGCAGAGCGAGCUGUUCCGCAGUUACCACAUGAGCUCCGCGCAGAUGAUGUGCGGAGUGAACUUCUUCUCCUGUUUGCUCACGCUGGUGUCACUCCUGCAACAGGGCGCUCUGUUUGAUUCAAUUAAUUUUAUGUUCCGAUUUCAUUCCUUCUUCUACGACUGUCUCCUCCUAUCGAUUUGCUCCGCGACGGGGCAGUUGUUUGUUUUCUAUACCAUAUCGCAAUUCGGUCCGGUCGUCUUCGUGAUAACGAUGACGGUGAGGCAGGCGGUUGCCGUUUUGCUGUCUUGCAUAAUAUACAGGCACACCCUGAAACCGCUCGGAAUUGUGGGUGUGAUUAUCAUAUUUGGGGCGAUCUUUACGAAGACAUAUCUGAACCACAGAGCACGGAAACAGAGGCAGCAACACACUCUAAAGACGGACGUUAGGAACAAAGUUCCAUUGCUGGCGGCUCAUGCUCAACAGCAAGAAGCUGUUUAAUUUUCUAUUUGUGCGUGACAGGAACUAGAGGUUGUGCAUUUUGUUCUCUUUUUGUUUCCGUAUAUGUCGCAUAGGCAGUUCGUAAGCGCUUCUCGGCCAUAGUGUGUUAUUUUGCGCAGUCCCGCCAGUACCCAUCUGCCUUUUGAUUGCCAUUUCCAAUAUAUACAUGUUUCAUGUUAUUGUUGACCUUAUUGUUUUUCGAGUAUACUUUCUAUAGUUCAUUUUAUGCGUUUGAAGACCUAGAAUAUUUUUGUGCAGGAGCUGGUAUCUCGGCAUUUAUUUAGCAGGAAUUCAAGAUCUGUUAGCACUGGUUUUCUGUUUUAGCGUAGCAAUAUAGAAAUAUACCAUCGUUUUUCUGGUGUACGAAGACAUGUUCAAUCAAUACAGCAACAAAUGAUAAUAUAGCUGCUUUCUCAGUUGUCCGGUGUUAUAAUCUCAUUGUGAGGUAUGUGAUUGUCAUACUGAAUUGUGUUUGCAAUAUAUGCAGGAGCCAUUGGAAUAAAAUGUAUUUACAGUUUGCUCAA